AUGUCCCGCAUAAACAACACCCUCGUCGGAAUCCUUCACACGCUCCCCUUGCUCCUCGGCCUCGCCGCCAUGGGUGGCUCCGCCUUCAUCCACGUCCACGGCGACUGCCAGAAGGUGCUCCAAUACCCGCUCUUAUUCGGCGGCCUCUUCAUUUCAGUCGUCUCCGUGCUCGGCCUCGUCGGCGCCUUGUUCCGCGUCAAUGCCGCACUCUAUCUCUACCUUCUCAUCACCUUCUUCGUUAUCCUCGCCUUCGCCUCUUUGACCCUUGUCGCGCUCUUCGUCUUUACCAAAGACAACGCGCCGCCCCACGCCUCGCGCGUGGGGUUCACCGUACGAGAUUUCUCGCCCUGGCUACAGCACUACGUCACCGCCGACCGCAACUGGGACGAUGCCAAGAGAUGCUUCGUGCAAACGCGUGUCUGCCACGGCCUCACCGUGAUCGGUAACAACGGUUCUCUCGUUUUCAAACACUUAUCUACCACUCAGUUUGGGUGCUGCAAGCCCCCGGUGCAGUGUGGAUUCAAACUGAAGAACGGAACGGUGUGGGAAGCGCCGAAAGCGGGGGCAGCCAUGAACGUGUCUGAUUGCAGGGCUUGGAGCGACAGGGAAGAGAAAAUGUGUUUUGAGUGCGAUGCAUGCAAAGGGGGAGUGCUGGCCAGCGUAAGGAAGCAAUGGAGACAUCUGACAAUAUUGAAUGCGUGCGUGGUGGUGCUUCUCACCACCAUCUACGUCUUAGCCUGCUACGCCAUCAGGAACAACCGAUUGGAUUACUCCAAUUACACCUCCCAGAGAAAGAUCAGAAUGAGAAUACCCCUCACCACAGUUCACCAGUGA